ACUUUAUUUGUAUUUUCAAAUUUUUAGAAAAAAGGAAAAAACAUUGCCCUAACUUUUUUUUCCAUCUCCUUGGUAAAAUAAACGCCUAUCAGCAGCAGCAGAGCGGCGGUCAUGGCCUCCUUUCUCUCUCUUUCUAUUCUCUCUUUCAUUUCCAUUUAGAAAAAUAUUACCUACCCACCAAACAGACCUCAUUUAUAUCUCUCUUCUGGGUUUUUUUUUUAAUAAUUUUAUUUGGUAUUUAUUUUUUUUUGCCCCAAAUUAUCAGGUUUGCACACUGAUAGAUCUGAAAGCAAUUUCGCAGAGCCUUCUCUUUUUUCCGAGAGAAAAAAUAGAAGGAAAGAAGAAUUUCACCUCUACAUUGGGGUGAUGGUGGAAGUUUGGUGGUCUCUGUUGGCCGCUAUCCCUGCAGUGGUUGCAGGGCAAGCUUUUAGAAUGAAGAAAAGGCAUGCUGAAGAGCAGAGACUAAAGAGUGCCAGGGGAAGGGAGAAGAGUUCCGAUGAGAUUUUUGUGUGUGAGAGGGUAUGUACAUCUAAGAGAAUGCUAAAAAAGGUUGGUGCAUUCUCAAAGGACCCAAUUCCUGAUACUUGUGUUACUGUCUGUGGCGUAUCUGAGCUAGACGCAUGUGCUGAUGCAUGUGCUCGCACUGUUUGUGUAAACCAACAUCAAGUACCUAACUGGAAUGACAUCUGCCUCCGCAGAUGCCAGAGUGAAUGUCUCAGACUCUCUACUUCUCAUUCUUCUUAGGCAGUUUCUUUUAAAUGAAAUGUGUAUAACAUCCAUACUUUCCUGGAGUUAUCAGUGUUUCUUACCCCCAUUUUCCAAUCAUGUAAUUUCUUAUUUAUCAAUGGGGAUCUAGUUUGGACUUAACUAUUUUGAACUA